AAACUUUCCCGGGGCUCCCGGCGUGUCACAGAGGCCGCUGGAGAAGAGGCGCGCCGCCGCCCGCCCGCCUUGUCCUCCACUGCUCCCUGCGCCCGGCCGGAGCCCGGGCCCCGGUCGCCUCGUCGCGCUCGGCCCCGAGGGCAUGCGGCAGCCGCAGGGGGCCCCGCUCCCGGGCUCGGUGGCGGGCGAGCGUGAGCGGAUGUUCAGUCCUUCUCCACAAUGAAUGAGUGUUACUAUGAUAAGCGGAUGGACUUUUUUUACAAUAGGAGCAACACAGACACUGCCGAUGAGUGGACAGGAACGAAGCUUGUAAUUGUUUUGUGUGUUGGAACAUUUUUCUGCCUGUUUAUUUUUUUUUCGAAUUCUCUAGUCAUCGCAGCAGUGAUCAAAAAUAGAAAGUUUCAUUUCCCCUUCUACUACCUGUUGGCUAACCUAGCUGCUGCAGAUUUCUUUGCUGGAAUUGCCUAUGUAUUCCUGAUGUUUAACACUGGCCCCGUUUCAAAAACUUUGACGGUCAACCGCUGGUUUCUCCGCCAGGGGCUCCUGGACACUAGCUUGACCGCCUCUCUAACCAAUUUGUUGGUUAUUGCUGUGGAGAGGCACAUGUCAAUCAUGAGGAUGCGGAUCCAUAGCAACCUGACGAAAAAGAGGGUGACGCUGCUCAUUUUGUUUAUCUGGGCCAUCGCUAUCUUUAUGGGGGCGGUCCCCACACUGGGCUGGAAUUGCCUGUGUGACAUCUCUGCCUGCUCUUCCCUGGCCCCCAUUUACAGCAGGAGUUACCUCAUUUUCUGGACUGUGUCCAACCUUGUGGCCUUCUUCAUCAUGGUUGUGGUGUACCUGCGGAUCUACGUGUAUGUCAAGAGGAAAACCAACGUUUUGUCUCCACAUACAAGUGGGUCCAUCAGCCGCCGGAGGACACCCAUGAAGCUGAUGAAGACGGUGAUGACUGUCUUAGGGGCCUUCGUUGUGUGCUGGACCCCGGGCCUGGUAGUUCUGCUGCUCGACGGCCUGAACUGCACACGGUGUGGCGUGCAGCACGUGAAAAGGUGGUUCCUGCUGCUGGCGCUGCUCAACUCCGUCAUGAACCCCAUCAUCUACUCCUACAAGGACGAGGACAUGUACAGCACCAUGAAGAAGAUGAUCUGCUGCUUCUCUCAGGAGAAGAACCCAGACAGACGUCCCUCCCGCAUCCCCUCCACCAUCCUCAGCAGGAGCGACCCGGGCAGCCAGUAUAAGGAAGACAGUGCCAGCCAAGGCACGGUCUGCAACCAGAACAGUUCCUAAGCUGCGGGUGUCCCCCGCCCACCAGGGCCUCCUUUGGGAAAGGAGCUGUUAAGAAUGGCUACCUGUCUCCAACAACGCCCACCUACAGUGUUAUUUCAGAUCUAAAUUAAUCGCUGGUGGAUUUUUAAAAAAAUUAUUUUACAUAGUUUCAAAGCAUGGGCAGUAAAGAGGGGACACAAUGCAUUUGGAGAAAAUGCACAACAGAGGGAAGACCACACAGUGGGACCCUCAGGGACGUCCUCGGAACCGCUUGGAGCACCAUUCUGGGCCCUGCUGCCAUCUUGUAGCCAUUCUCUUUGUGUUUUAAAAGGAUGUUGUUGAUAAAGGGUGUAGGCCAAGAUAAAUAAUGAUGUUACUUGAGCCACUUGAUAUAGCUGCUUGGGAAGCCUGUGUAGUUCUUUCUGCGUGCAUUUAAAAUUUUGAAAAUGGCUUCAGCUAUGAUAUUUGUUUCCUCAAAGAAACCAUGGCCAGUAGCUAGGUGUUCAAUAGGAAUCUCAGAAUAACAAAUCAGUAAGGGCUCUAGGUUUGACUUGAUUUUUAAAACUAAAAGAACAUUCUGAGGAAGAAGAUUGAGUUAAUAACAAAAAAAGGUAAAUGUUAGAAACUUCUCUUGAAGCAGAAAAAAAGGCCUUGAUGUGGUCGUCUAAGUGUGCAUGGGAUGUGUAUACACACCUGUAUGUUUAUACAUUUCUAGUUUGUAUUUAAAGACCUCAAGGACAGUGAUGGUGAAAUAAAUUCACUGGCCAUCUAGACU